UGUUCACAUGACUUGUCGUCCAAGAUGACAGACAUACGUGUUCCCUGUACCCUGGUGCCAUGUCUUGAUGUAGCAGAUGCCCAGUAUGAUGCAGUGGUGGUGGUCACUGACAGCAUUGACAAACUGACUGGCAACCUUGAAAACAUCAAAGCUGUUUUGCAGGAUUAUGAACAUGUGGAUGGGAAACUGGAAAACCCUGGCUUUGUCCACUUUAUCAAGACAGAUGUUGUGCCAUCAAAGAGACUGAUCUUUGCUCCAACAGGGCCACUAAACAGGGAUUAUGAUGAUGUGAGGCGCUUUGCUGAUGCUGCUAACAGGGGCAUAAAUAGAGCUGUGGCUGCUGGGAGUAACAACCCUUUACUGGUGAGACCAGUUGAUGACAGCUUCCCCAAGGCAGGUCUGGUCACCUCUCUGGGAGCCAUGCAGGUCUUGUAUGUGCCCAUUGAGGUACGAGAAGAUGUUCCCAGCCGUGCUCGUAAGGUCAACAACCUGGGAGUGUGGUGCAAUGACCAGACCAGAGUGGUCAAGGCUCUGCCCAUCUUAAAUGGACUUGAGAAAGGAAGAUCUGUCUGUCGUGAUAUUGGAGGUUCUGACCCAGAGCGCAUGGCUGCACCACGUGUUGCACAGUACGUGCAAGAUGUCUUCAAGGGCACGUGUAUUAAGGUGAACAUCUUAUCUGAUCCAGAGGUUUUCAAGAAAGAAUACCCACUGUUAGCAGCAGUUAACAGAUCUGCUGGAUGUGUGGAGCGUCACAGGGGCCAUGUUAUCUUCCUUGAGUAUGUGGGAGAGGGAGACAUUGAUACCACUUUGUUACUGGUUGGAAAGGGUAUUACCUAUGACACAGGUGGCGCAGACAUCAAGGCAGGUGGGGUCAUGGCAGGCAUGCACAGAGACAAAUGUGGAGCGGCAGCCGUUGCUGGAUUCUUCCAGGUCCUAGAUUCACUGAAACCCAAAGGUUUGAAGGUUUUGGGAGCCAUGUCCAUGGUACGCAAUAGCGUAGGAUCAGAAUGCUACGUGGCUGAUGAAAUCAUAACCUCGCGUGCUGGUGUGCGUGUCCGUGUGGGCAACACUGAUGCAGAGGGACGUAUGGUUAUGGCUGACGUGCUGUGUCAGAUGAAGGAAAAGGCACUUAAUGAGGUCAACCCACACCUGUUCACUAUUGCUACCCUGACGGGGCAUGCUAUCAGGGCUAUGGGGCCAAACUAUUCAAUUAUCUUGGAUAAUGGUCCUGCAAGCAAAGAGCAGACGUCACAGAAGAUGCAGGCUGCUGGAAGUCAGUAUGGAGAUCCCUUUGAGAUAUCAAACAUCAGAAGAGAGGAUUAUGAAUUCCAUAAAGGCAAGUCAGAAUAUGAAGAUGUGUUGCAGUGCAACAAUGUGCCAUCCACCAUGACACCUCGCGGACAUCAGACCCCUGCCGCAUUCAUGAUCAUGGCGUCUGGGCUAGAUAAGCAUGGUAUCGACUCAGAGCGUCCCCUGAAAUAUUCCCACAUGGAUAUCGCAGGCUCUAGUGGCCCCUUCCCUGGUGUCCCCACUGGAUCCCCUGUGGUUGCCAUGGCAGCACGCUACGUCCUUGACAGAGUGGCAUAGCUUUCUCUGAUACAUGUACCAAAUAUAUUGUCAUGACUUGUACUUAGAUUGACUUAAUUAAUGCAUUCCUUUCUAAAUAUAAGCAAAAUUUUCUCCUCUUUUGCUUUACACAGAUGCAUUUCAUUGUCAAAAGAAUAAACAAGAAAGAUACUAUGAUUUUGCAUCACAAAUACCUUUUCUCAAUUUCAACAAAAUAGUUUAAUAAGCAGUGAUUUUCAAAAGUCCCACCGCAUUAAUGAAAUUAGAUAAACGCAAGAAUCCUGUAAGAGCAGAAGUGCUGCUAUGAGCUUUAAA